UCUCUCUCAAAACAACACAAAAACUCAGCAUUGUAUUUUCCCUUCACUUUCUCACCUCAUGCCCUGCGUCUGCAAAAACGCGUUUACUCCUCAACAAUCUCCUCUAUUUAUGGACCUAUCUUCACGAGCAAGCCAAUUUAGAUCUUUCAGUUUCGCCCUGGAGAAUAGAAUCGAUUGAGCUUGCCGAUAAACUCUCUCUCUCUCUCUCUAAUCGAAUAUCAUUUGAAUCGGUAAAGAAUCAACUGUCUGGAUUCUUGAGUUCCUUAGAAGUACUGUUUGCUUUCGAUUCUGCAUUUUUAAGUUCCUUUGAAGUCUUGGCCAAAUUGGCAGUGGGGUUGGAAAACAUGGUCAAGUUCCAGGCCAAGGAUCUAAAGCAUUCCUUUCGGAAUUUUUUCACUAGAAGUCAGGAAGUAGCGGUUUGUGAUUCAGAAUCUGAUAACAUUUUGAAGGACUACUACAUUCCUGAUUACAUACUUCUACCUGAAUCUGCAUCAAGACAAGAGUCCCAUGUGCCCGCUUGUCCGGUGAUAGUAUUCAUCAAUUCCAAAAGUGGUGGCCAGCUGGGAGGAGAACUUCUCAUAACAUAUCGUGCUCUUCUUAAUAAAAACCAGGUAUUUGAUUUGGGAGAAAAAGCUCCUGAGAAGGUGCUAUAUCAACUUUAUUAUAAUUUGGAAAAGCACAAGCAAACUGGGGAUAGCUUGUCCUAUGAAAUUCAGAGGAGAUUGAGAAUCAUAGUUGCUGGUGGAGAUGGAACAGCAAGCUGGCUUCUUGGUGUAGUUUCUGAUCUUAAACUAUCUUAUCCACCGCCAGUUGCUACAGUACCAUUAGGAACUGGAAACAAUCUCCCAUUUUCAUUUGGUUGGGGAAAGAAAAAUCCUGGCACAGACCGACAAUCUGUGAAGGCAUUCUUGGGUCAAGUACGGAAUGCGGAAGAGAUGAAAAUUGACAGCUGGCAUAUUAUUAUGCGAAUGAGGGCUCCAAAAGAAGGUUCUUGUGAUCCUAUUGCACCUCUUGAACUGCCACAUUCUUUGCAUGCCUUUCACCGUGUGUCCCAAACAGACACAUUGAACAAGGAGGGUUACCACACAUUUCGUGGGGGAUUUUGGAACUACUUCAGCAUGGGAAUGGAUGCCCAAGUUUCAUAUGCAUUUCACACCGAGAGGAAGCUGCAUCCAGAAAAAUUUAAGAAUCAAUUAGUCAAUCAGAGUACUUACGCAAAGCUUGUGUGUACACAAGGAUGGUUUUGUGCUUCUCUCAUUCAUCCUUACUCACGGAAUAUAGCACAACUUGCAAAGGUUAGGAUAAUGAAGAGACCAGGCCAGUGGGAAGAACUUCAUAUAUCUCGCAGCAUCAGGUCUAUUGUUUGCCUCAGCUUGCCCAGUUUUUCUGGUGGACUCAAUCCUUGGGGGACGCCUAAUAAGAAGAAACUUCAUUCGAGGGACUUGACACCUCCAUAUGUUGACGAUGGCCUUCUUGAGAUUGUUGGUUUUCGAGAUGCAUGGCAUGGGCUUGUUUUGUUCUCUCCACAUGGGCAUGGGACUCGCCUUGCACAGGCCAAAGGAAUUCGUUUCGAGUUUUGCAAGGGUGCAGCUGACCAUACAUUCAUGAGGAUUGAUGGAGAGCCAUGGAAACAACCCCUCCCCGAAGAUGAUGACACUGUUGUCAUUGAAAUCUCUCAAUUCAGCCAAGUCAGCAUGCUUGCCAACCUAACCUGCCGAUCAAAGAGUGUGCAUGCACCUUUGUCACCAUGGAUUCACGAGGACGAUGAAUAUGAAAGUAAGGAAGAAGAAUCUGUAGAAGACAGGGAAGAGACAAGAAAGUUAGGUGCGGCUGACACUUUCCGGUUACCAGCGGAGUUCGAUAUAGCUAAACUUAGUUAGCCCAUGCAGGUUCUGCUGCAUAGCUCGGACUGAGUUCCUAAUCGUGAGGUUCAGGAUAACUCUUCAAGUACUUAGGUUGUUGACAUCAGUUUGUGUACAGUUUUUUGCCCAAGCUUGAUCCGGGACGUCGCGUUAAGUUCAUCUGCUAGCACCAGUCUUAACCCAUUCUCCUUUUUUCUUUUCCUUAUCUCAGUAGCCUUCAAAAUUUCAAAUCACCGAACACAGCUGCGUUAGUGGCAGCAACUGAGAUUCCACUAUAGUUUUGUAGUUGCUGUGAUAGUUGAAAUGCCGUGACGAUGUGCUAUCUUCCUGCCAAACACUUUUAACGUCUGACUAAGAGUUAAAAGUCUGUGAGACUGUGAUUCUUUGUCUAUAGAUGCAAACCUCAG